AUGGGGCAAACACUUACCACUCCUCUAAGCCUCACUCUAGGUCACUGGAAAGAUGUUCAGAACCGAGCCAACAACUUAUCGGUGGAAGUCAAAAGAAGAAAAUGGCAGAUUCUCUGUACCUCUGAAUGGCCCACCUUCAAAGCUGAAUGGCCCACAGAGGGAACCUUUAACAUUAAUGUUAUUUUGCAGGUCAAGGAGCGAAUCUUUAAUCAAGGACCUCAAGGUCAUCCGGACCAAGCACCUUAUAUUAUAGUCUGGGAAAGUCUAGUCAAAGAACCCCCUCCAUGGGUCUCUCCUUUUGUCCCCUCUUGCCCUCCCUUAAACCCCUCGACGCCGCCUCCAUCAGUUCCCUCCGCUCCACCGGCUCCACUCCCCACACCAACUCCUAGCGACCCCUCAAAACCCCCCAUCUCUUCUAACCUAUAUCCUGAAUCCCCUUUGAUAGACCUCCUAACCGAGGACCCCCCACCUUAUCGCCCUCUUAGACCAGCACCAAACCCCAUAAGGGAAUCAGAUCCUGACCCUUCGCCAUCUCCAAUCGCAGGCAGAGUUAGAGGCCGACAAAGACCGGAAAAAGAAGAAGCUUCUAGGCUCCUACCCCUGCGUCAGGGGAGGGAACCAGGAAGCCUCCAAUAUUGGCCCUUUUCUGCAUCUGAUCUAUAUAACUGGAAGUCUCAUAACCCUUCCUUUUCACAGGACCCCGUGGCCCUAACCGCCUUAAUUGAAUCUAUCUUAAUUACCCAUCAGCCUACCUGGGAUGAUUGUCAGCAGCUCUUGCAGGCUCUCCUCACCACAGAGGAGAGACAAAAGGUUUUUCUGGAGGCCAGAAAGAAUGUCCCAGGGGAUGACGGAAGGGUCACACAACUUCCUAAUGAAAUAGAUGCGGCCUUCCCUCUGACUCGCCCUGACUGGGACUUCAAUACGGCUGCAGGUAGGACCCACCUACGUCUUUACCGCCAGUUACUCAUAGCAGGCCUCCAUAAUGCGGGACGUCGCCCCACUAAUUUGGCCCAGGUAAGGCAAGUGACUCAAGGUAAGGAGGAAUCUCCAACCGCCUUCUUAGAAAGGCUUAAGGAAGCUUACCGCAGGUAUACGCCUUUUGACCCAGAUAGUGAUGAUCAGAGAGGGAAUGUCUCCAUGACAUUCAUUUGGCAGUCAGCUCCAGAUAUUAGAAACAAGUUACAGCGUUUGGAAAAUCUACAAGAUUUCUCUUUGCAAGAUUUAUUAAAGGAGGCAGAAAAGAUUUUUAAUAAGAGAGAAACCCAGGAGGAAAAAGAGGAACGACUUAGGAAGUUGCAGGAGGAAAAAGAGGAAAAGCUAAGGAAGGAAACUGAGGAAAAGGAAGAAAAGCGAGAACGUAAACGAAACAAGGAACUUAAUAAAAUCUUGGCCACCGUAGUGCAAGGCAGCCAGAGCUUAGAGAUAGGAAAGUCAGACAGAAAGGGAGACAUAAGGAGGCUUCAGAUAGAACGGGACCAAUGUGCCUAUUGCAAGGAACGAGGACAUUGGGCCAGAAACUGCCCGAACAAUCCUAAGAGAAGUACUAAGCCGGUCACAAGACUCAUGGCUUUAGACAAAGACUAGGGGCGUCAGGGUCAGGAGCCCCCCCCUGAACCCCGGAUAACCCUAACCGUUGGGGGGCAACCAAUCACCUUUCUAGUAGAUACAGGGGCUCAACACUCCGUUUUAACUAAGGACCCGGGACCACUCAGCAACCGGACGGCCUGGGUUCAAGGAGCCACUGGAGGAAAACAAUAUCGUUGGACAACAGACAGGAAGGUACACCUGGCCUCAGGUAAAGUUUCUCAUUCCUUUCUUCAUGUUCCUGAUUGCCCCUAUCCGCUCCUGGGUAGAGACUUGUUGACCAAACUCAAAGCUCAAAUUCAUUUUGAACCACAAGGGGCCACCGUGACCGGCCCCAAGGGGACUCCUCUACAUAUCCUUACCUUACAAUUGGAAGAAGAAUAUAGAUUACAUGAGGAGCCCCCUCAGCCCCAAAAGGACAUAAAAUCCUGGCUUGCAUCUCACCCUGAUGCCUGGGCAGAAACAGGAGGAAUGGGACUAGCUAUCCAGCAGCCCCCCAUUCACAUACAAUUAAAGGCAACCGCCGUUCCUGUCAAUGUUAAACAGUACCCUAUGUCCAAUGAGGCCUAUCAGGGCAUCAAGCCACACAUACGGCGGCUACUAGACCAAGGCAUUUUAACCCCAUGCCGGUCUCCUUGGAACACUCCUCUGUUACCCGUUAAGAAGCCUGGUACCAAUGAUUACCGACCAGUUCAGGACCUCAGGGAAGUCAAUAAGAGGGUAGAAGACAUCCACCCUACGGUGCCCAACCCUUACAACUUACUCAGCACCUUGCCUCCAACCCAUUCCUGGUAUACCGUCUUAGACCUCAAAGAUGCUUUCUUCUGUUUAAGACUGAGUCCUCAGAGCCAGCCUCUCUUUGCCUUUGAAUGGAGGGAUCCGGACUUAGGAAUAUCAGGCCAGUUGACCUGGACUCGGUUACCACAAGGGUUUAAGAACAGCCCAACGCUGUUCGAUGAGGCUCUUCACCAGGACUUGGCUGACUUCCGGGUAAGGCACCCCUCCCUGAUCCUGCUUCAGUACGUCGAUGACAUCCUACUAGCAGCCACCAAUGAAGAAGACUGCCGUACAGGUACUGGGGAUCUUUUAAUGACUCUAGGCCAAUUGGGAUAUAGGGCAUCUGCCAAAAAGGCCCAGAUUUGCCAGGCUAGAGUCACCUACCUGGGCUAUGAACUAUAUGAUGGCCAACGAUGGCUAACGGCUGCAAGGAAAGAGACUAUUCUUAACAUUCCUGCGCCUCAAAACCAUAGGCAAUUGCGAGAGUUCCUAGGAACAGCGGGCUUUUGUAGACUAUGGAUUCCGGGAUUCGCAGAAAUAGCGGCCCCUCUAUAUCCAUUAACUAAGCAAGAUACUCCUUUUGUAUGGACUGAACAACAGCAGCAGGCGUUUGAUCAUAUCAAACAAGCACUCCUUAAAUCCCCAGCAUUAGGCCUGCCAGACAUUACAAAGCCCUUUGACCUUUUUGUUGAUGAAAAACAGGGCUUUGCUAAAGGGGUCUUAACACAGAGACUCGGACCUUGGAAACGCCCUAUUGCGUACCUCUCAAAAAAAUUAGACCCCGUGGCAGCUGGCUGGCCACCAUGCCUAAAGAUGAUAGCAGCAAUUGCAGUUCUCAUCAAAGAUGCCACCAAACUGACACUGGGACAGCCCCUGACCAUCCUGGCUCCACACACAGUGGAAUCUCUAAUCCGCCAACCACCAGACCGCUGGUUGUCAAAUGCCCGCCUGACACAUUAUCAGUCCCUCCUCCUGGACACAGACAGGAUCCAAUUUGGACCUGUAAUGACUCUUAACCCUGCAACCUUGCUGCCCACUCCGGGAGAGAUACCAUUACAUGACUGUCACCAGAUCCUUGCGGAAACACAUGGGACACGACCGGACCUAACCGAUCAGCCCAUGAAGGAUGCGGACCUGACUUGGUAUACAGAUGGCAGUAGCUACCUGCAGGAUGGAAAACGACGGGCGGGGGCGGCCAUCACGACCGACUCCCAGCUUGUAUGGGCAAGCGCGCUACCAGAAGGUACCUCAGCUCAGAGGGCAGAGCUGAUAGCUCUAACGCAGGCCCUCCAACUGGCAGAAGGUAAGAGUCUUAAUGUUUAUACAGAUAGCAGGUAUGCUUUUGCUACUGCUCAUGUCCACGGAGAAAUCUAUCGGAGGAGGGGACUGCUAACCUCAGAGGGCAAAGAAAUCAAAAAUAAAGCUGAAAUAUUGGCCUUAUUAAAAGCCUUAUUUCUUCCCAAAAGGCUGAGCAUAAUGCACUGUCCUGGCCACCAGAAAGGGGAGACCCCCGAGGCAAGGGGAAACCGCCUAGCUGACACAAUGGCUAAACAGGCAGCCUUGGGGCCCCAAUUGCUAACUGUCACUAUACUUACUGAGACAGAAGACAUAGAUAAUGCCAUCAUUUGGAAUUAUGAGGAAGCCGACUUGGACUAUGUACAAAAAUUGGGGGCUGACUAUAAUCCAGCCCUCAAUCGAUGGGAAUACAGAGGGAAAGCUAUAAUGCCUAUAAAAAUGGCAAAAGAGCUAAUCAAUCACCUCCAUCGGCUAACUCACCUGAGUGCAAGCAAAAUGAAGGCCUUAAUGGAUAAGGCCAACUUAGAAAGCCAUUUUCCCAAACAAAACUUCCUUCUUCAUCAAGCAGCUACUAAUUGUAAAAUCUGUGCUCAAGUCAAUCCUGGAAAGACUGUUAUUGGACCUGGAGUCCGGGUACGUGGACAACGUCCUGGCACACAUUGGGAAGUUGACUUUACCGAAAUUAAACCUGGCAUGUAUGGAUAUAAAUAUCUUUUAGUUUUUCUAGACACCUUUUCAGGAUGGGCAGAAGCUUUUCCUACCAAAAAGGAGACAGCUAACAUGGUUGCCAAGACUAUUAGAAGAAAUUUUCCCAAGGUAUGGAAUACCCAAGGUGCUAGGGUCCGACAAUGGGCCUGCCUUUGUCUCCCAGCACUCUAUCGGGCUAGAAAUACCCCAGGACCUCAUGGCCUAACUCCCUUUGAGAUUCUCUAUGGUGCUCCACCCCCCGCUGUCACUUUCUUUGCCCCCGAUAUUGCUGCUCAUACCCCCUCCCCCUCUGUACAGGCCCAUCUGCAAGCUCUGCAGCUGGUGCAACAGGAAAUCUGGAAACCCCUGGCAGCCGCCUACAAGGAGAAACUUGACGUCCCACUACGGCCACAUCCCUAUAAAAUAGGGGACACCGUCUGGGUUCGCAGACAUCGGGCCACAAACCUUGAACCCCGUUGGAAGGGACCCCACAUAGUGCUCCUGACGACACCCACAGCACUGAAGGUUGACGGGAUUGCAGCCUGGAUCCACGCCUCCCACGUGAAAGCAGCGCACCCGGAGAAACAGACUGAUCCCCUUCAAGAUUCGGAAUGGACCGUACAACGCUCCCCAAAUCCACUAAAGAUAAGACUUGUGCGAUCAUAG